AUGAAGUUGACCCACCUCCUCGGUAAGGCCACACCCGAGCGUGGAACUCCCCCGACCUGGAAACUGACCCGCUCCCCCACGAUCACCAUCAACUUAGCCUCCACGCUGACGCUCCUGCUCGGCGCCUCGUCCUCCGUCGUGCUGGCCCGACCGGCACCCACCGCCGCUGCGCCCGAUGUGGACGUGCAGAUCAAGUUUCCGGAUACGAAUCCUUUCGGACGUGAGUUGUUGAAAUCUACAGCGCGGCUACUCUGGAUGGGGAUGUGGUAGGGAGUUGUAGAGGGGUACGAGGGCAUUCGAAAGGCACGGCGUUUCGGCUCGUGUGACGUGGUCGCGUCCCAACCGGAUCAAGCCGGGAGGAGCUGCGGUAGAACGGGAAGAGCGUCGUACGCAAGGCAUGGGUGAUCGACGCAGGACGACGGGAUCGAUCUGCAUCGUAAUGGGUGAAAGAACGCGACGCACUGACCUGCUUCUCUGGACCCCCCCUUCCACCUCGAUUCAGGCGUCAUCAACGGAGCCGUACGUACCCUAUCCCAAGAUUUACACCCAACACACCCAACGUAUUCAAAAACUGACAAACUCUUGCUCUGCCGAAAACAGUCCAACAACGUCCUCAACGUUCGCCUUCACAACCACGGCAUGGACGAAGUCGUGCUCAGCAAGGUCUACGGAGAGUACUAUGAACCCCAUGGGAGGGAAAAGGUGCUCAGGAAGGUGAGCUAGGAAUCAUGCGCUUAUUUAGGGAUGUGCAAGCGGCUGAACUGCAUCGUUUUCGGGGUUUUUAUUGCGACAGACGACCGUUUCGGAGGUGAGGGAAGUCGUCCCCGGAGGAACCAAGUCGAGGCCUAUCGUCUACAGGGUGAGUACAGAGCAGCUACCAAGAGCGAGAAUCAUCCACUGUAGUCGAGAGAAUUCAUCUGGUGUACCUUUUGCUCUCUCAGUUCCACUCGGAGAACAAGAUCGGUGAAGUCGGUCUCCGAGUGUUUGUCGAGUUGCUCGAUGCCGUACGUCCGAAUGGAAAACCGACCUUCGCUUGGGAAAGCCAACGAACCCCCCCACUCAUUCCACUUUCUCCCCCGAACAGAAGAAGAAAGUUCACAAAGUGCUCGGCUACGAAGGUGCCGUGACCAUCAUCGAACAACCCGGUUCAUGGUUCGACCCCGCCCUCUUAUUCACCUACGUCGUCCUCGCAUCCUUCGGAGCUUUCGUAGCCUACCUCCUUUAUGGUUCUUACGUACAACCUUCGACCGCUGGGGCCAAGAAUAAGAAAAGGAAGAAUGUUGGGGAAAAGGUUAGGGAGGCGAAGGAACAAGUCAAGGAAGAGGGAGAGAAGCUCGUUGAUGGCGUGGACGAGAGUUGGUUGCCGGAGCAUAUCUUGAGGCAGAGGAAGGGGGGAAAGGGGAGUAAGGGAGGACUGACGAGUGGGAGUGAGAGUGAGGGGACGCCGAUCAAGGCCGGUAAGAAGGGCAGGAAGUAA